UAAAAAUAGCAUCAGGACAGCAUGUCGGCUGAGAUUUUUACUGGGACAAUGGCCGUGCAGUGUCAGCCAUUUAUGAGCUUCCAUCAUAUCCAUGGGGCCAAUGUACGUAUAGACCCUUCUGGAACGCUAGCCACCAGAGUAGAGAGCUUUGCUAAUGGCAUCUGCUUUAGCCAGGAACCCCUGCAGCCCGGGCAGAUAUUCUUGGUGGAGAUUGAAGACAAGGAACUGGGAUGGUGUGGGCACCUCAGGGUGGGACUUAUGGCUCGGGAUCCCCAUAACCUUGAUGUGGUGCCGGAGUAUUCUCUUCCAGAUCUUGUAAAUGAGGGGGGGAGCUGGAUCUUUGCCAUCACUCGCAACCAUAACAAGGUACAAACAGAGGAAGACAGCAACACCAUAGCAAUAAAGGGGCUUCUUGCAGACCCCUAUUUAAAGGUGGGAAAAUUUAAAUAUCCUAGAGAAAAGUUAGUAGCUCGUAGUCGUCCUGGGCGAUUUAGCCAUAUCUUGGAUGAACUGUACAAAUCCAAUGUGCUCCCACCUACAGCUCUCAGGAGUAGAAUAGGGGUGCUGUACGAACCUCAGUCUGAUGGCACCAGAAAUAUGCACAUCAUUAUAAACGGUGAGGAUAUGGGACCCAGUGCCAAAGGAAUACCUGCCACUGAGCCUCUUUACGCUGUUAUUGACGUCUUUGCUUCAACCAAGAGUGUCCGUGUCAUCCAAUUAGAAUACGGAUUCCCAUCCUUGCAGACACUCUGCCGCUUGGUGAUCCAGAAACAUAUUGUCCACCGGUUAGCCUUUGAUUGGCUUGACCUGCCAACAAUGCUGAAGAACUUCUGCAAAUAUGAAUGACAGCAGUCGCUGCAUAGACACAGACUGGCAGGGGAUGCCUAGGAAAGAGACAAAGAGGGCAGCCUGCAUCAGUAAUCAGGGUGUUCGGAUCAGCCUGAAUGAGACCCAAACACAGGAAUUAAGGGUUUAUCUAUUUUCGGAGAUCUGUUACAUAGUUUUGCACCAGGAGAAGAUAAAGAGUUUAUGCCUUAACAUAUGCUACUGUACACAUCUUUUGUGUGGCCUCCCACCAGUCUGUCUGCUUUCAUGGCUUACCUUUGUGUAAACUUUAAAUGAUAUCAGUAGUGAGAUUAACUGGCCCCCUGCAUUGUUCACAUCUCAGAUUCAGGCUGUAAUCCACUGUGCUGUUCACACUUUUAAGUCUCUGUGUUGUUAACACCUUUUAGUGCCUGCAUCGUAUUCCCCCCUACAUUGUUCACAGCUCAGGCCCAGACUGUAAGCACCCACACUGUUCACAACUCAGACUUUAGGAACAGUGCC